CGGCGGCCCCGCGCGCGGAGCCGGGGCGGGCGUGGCGGGGAGGGCCAUGGCGGCGGGGAAGGCCAUGGCGGCGGCCGAGCCCCUGGGGCGAACGGCGGAAGAGGUGGCUUGGGCGGAGGCGCUGCGCGGGGCCUGCGAGCCCGAGCACCACUGGCGGCACCGCCGGGAGUUCCUGCUGCGCAACGUGGGGGAGCCGCCGGCGGCGGGCAGCGCCCAGCUCCAGCGCCUGGUGUCCCUCUCCAUGGUGUGGGCCAACCAUGUCUUCCUGGGCUGCCGGUACCCGCCGCAGGUCAUGGAGAAGGCGCUGGAAAUGGCCGAAGGCAUCCAAGUGACCGGCGCGCCUGUCCGCACCACGAGAGAUGAACUGGUUGCCAAGGUGAAGAAAAGAGGCAUAUCAAGUAGCAAUGAAGGGGUAGAGGAGCCCUCCAAGAAGCGAGCUGUGGAGAAAAGUAAAGAUUCUAAGGAUACUGGGAAGGAUGUGAAAACAACUAAGGCAGAAGCCCUAAAGGAAACAGAGAGCACAUUGCCAAAAAAGCAGGAAAAAGAUACUAGCAAAGGUCCAGAAAGCUCCCAGUCAACUUGCAGUUCAAAUCAAGAAAUGGUCACAGCAUCAGACACAGAAACGGAAGGAAAAUCUGCUAAUGCUGAAAAUACUACUGAGCAAAAUCCAUCUGCAUCUGAAAAAGAGUCAGGAGAGAAGCCUUGCCCAAAUCUGCCUAAGGAAAGCAAGUCUGAAAAUGUGCCGUCACCUGAAAAGAAAACUACAGUAAGCACAGCGCCACCGGCUGCCAAGAGUGCCCCGCAGGCGGUGCCAGUGCCAGCGGCGGUGCCACCAGCUGCCAAGAGUCCCCUGCAGGCGGUGGCGGUGCCACCGGUGGUCAAGAGCACCCCACAGGCGGAGGCGGUGGCAGCGGCGGUGCCACCGGCCACCAAGAGCACCCCGCAGGCAGCGGCGGUGGCAGCAGCAGUGCCACCGACCAGCAAGAGCACCUCGCAGGCAGCAACAGUGCCACCAACCACCAAGAGCACCGCGCAAACGAGUGCUACAUUGCUGUCUUCCAAAAACCAAGUGAGUGCCCCAGCAUCAGUGUCCAAGAGCGGCGCUCAGGCAGGCAGCUCGCUGCUUCUGGCACCCAAGAGCAGCACUCAGGCAGGCACCUCGCUGCUGCUGGCCUCCAAGGGCACUGCUAAGGCGGGCUCUUCGCUUCUGGCCUCCAAGAGCAGCGCUGAGGUGGCUGCCUCGUUGCUGGCCGCUCGGAGCGGUGCUCAGCAGGGAUCCUCGCUGCUGACUUCCAAGAGCAGCGCUCAGGUGGCUGCUUCGCUGCUGGCCGCUCGGAGUGGUGCUCAGCAAGGUCCCUCGUCACUGGCCUCCCGGGGUGGAGCUCAGGCAGGUGCUUCCCUACUGGCCUCCAAGGGUGGCACGCAGGCUGGUUCACCACAGCUUGCCUCCAAGAGCGGCUCACAGGCAGGUGAAAGCCCUGCUAAGGCUUUGUGCAAACCAUUAACCAGCGAAGAUGCAAAGGAAAGACAACCUUUUUUCAACAGACUGUACAAAGCUGUAGCCUGGAAACUGGUUGCUGUUGGAGGCUUCAGUCCUAACGUAAAUCACGCAGAACUUCUAAACUCAUCUAUUCAGUCUGUAAAAGCUACGUUAGAUGUUGCUUUUGUUCCCCUGAAGGAGCUUGCAGACUUGCCUCAAAAUAAGAGCUCUCUAGAAAAUAUAGUUUGUGAACUGAGGUGCAAGUCUGUCUACUUGGGUACUGGCUGUGGUAAAAGUAUGGAAAAUGCCAAAGCGGUUGCUUCAAGAGAAGCUUUGAAAUUAUUCCUCAAGAAGAAAGUUAUUGUGAAGAUCUGUAAAAGAAAAUACAAAGGUAGCGAAAUUGAAGAUUUGGUACUUUUGGAUGAAGAAUCAAAACCUUCAAAUUUACCCCCAGCUUUAAGAAAUCCUCGUGAGAUCUUGUAGGGGAGAGUCGCUGUUUGUACCCUGUAGAGUAUUUCAACACAAGGACUGAAGGUUAAUUUUGUACUUUAAAAAUGUAGGCUUCCAGAUAUUUUGUAUUUCUUUCUCAGUUUUGCAAGACAAUGAUAGUCCUUUCACUUGGUAGCAAUUGUAUAAAAAACUUGUCAGAGAUGACAAGUGCGCAUUUAAGGUAUGCCUUAAUAUAUAGCACACUAGUGUGCUGUUUUAUUUGCAAAAUAGUCUACCUAAUUCUUCUAUUUUUAAUUAAAUGAUUAAGGUACAAUUUGCUGUUUAAAACCUGACAGUUUUGUAAUUCUUACGAUUUGAUGGCAGUGUGCUCAAUUGUCUACCAUGUCUUUUUUAGCCACAUAGAAGUAUGUAUAUAGGGACCAUAAUACUUGAAUGAUUGAAAGUUGUUUAAAAAUUUCAAUCAAAAAGUUGAAUCAUCUGUUUCAGGCUUGUUGCUCAUAAUGUUCACUGUUGCUCAUACUAGGAGAGAAAAUAGUUGAUUAUUUUUAUGGGAUGUUUUCGUAACACUCGCAAUAUAAACGACUCCCUGAUCCCAUUUAACAUUAUACUAGCAGGUUAGAUCCCAUUUAACGUUAUACUGGCAAAUUAUCAAUUAGCAGUCAAGUCACAGCUACUUUAGCCACCAAAAGUCUGUAAGCAGAUUUAAUUUAUAUUGUGAAAUAUCAUUUACAGUUUUUUUUUCAAAUAAACAUGGAUUUCUACACUAAGCAUAUUUUGACUGCUACUAAAACAAUAAAACCUCUGGGAUAUGCUUUUAUAGUACUUUGGUUUUGGCCAUUAAAUAUUCCAGCCAUUUCAAUAACUUUGCAACACCUUGAGAAAAGCUUUACUUUGAGUGGCUUCAAGGUGUAAUCCCACAAGGAUGAGUUGUUUUCUUUGGAUGCGUAGCUGAAAUACUGUAAAACUGAUAGAAUAUCUAUUUCUACUUUUGUAAUGGCAAGAUAAGCAAAAUGAAGAUGCUGCUGUCUGCUGGAGGCAGCCAGUGUGUUGUAAAGCAUUCACACUAAUUUAGCCCUUCCUUUGCUACAUUUUUAGGCCAUGUACAGAAUGGUAUGAAGCAAAGAAAGUGGGAGAUUACCUUUUAUUUCCAAUGUUACUGAAAUACCUGCACAAACUGCAUGUUUUGAUAUAUUGGAUAAUGACAUGUAAUUGUAAAAACAUAAUGUCUUCAGUGCUACUUUGAAUUAAUCUUGUCCGAUUACGGUAGUUGGCAUCAUUUAGUGGCGACCUUACACUUGACUGAGAUCCGUUGAUCGAGUACUGCAGGAGUGAAUAGGAAUUCCUGGGAUCUCGGUAGUAUACAUGUCCACUUAAAGACUUCAAGUUCUUUUGUGAUUUUUGGGACUAAACCACAAUGGCGUUGUUACACUGUACCCUACGUGAUUUGAACAGCAGUGGCUGUCCAGUCCGUAGCACCUGAAGCCUGCAAGGCGCUCGCGCUUCCCGAUGGCCGGUUGAGAACUUCCUCCGUCUGACCCCUGUGCUUCUGUGCCCUCGGUCGCCCUUCGCUCUAGUUAGGUUUCUCAGGAGUUCCCCCUCGGUGUUUCUGGAGCACCACCUGGCGGUCGGAACGCAUUGCAUUAAAUUGCGUCUUACAGGGCGUAAGAACUGGUGUGUGCUUCUAGUGCAGAGCGAGUUUUGUGCUGUAUUUAGGAGUCGUGGUAUUCAUGCCAGGAAGUGUGAGAUUUGUUUUCAAAUCCUCGCUCUGUUCAGGUGGUGACACAGAAUGACUGUUUUUGUGGGGCAGGAAUUGCAUCCUAUGCCCUCUGAAGUACAGCUUUUCUGGCUGUUAGCUCGGGCAUCUCCAGACCUCUGGCUGAGAAUUGCAGCAUGUCUUGCAAUGUGAAAAACCUGUGUUUCCCGUCUGUAAAGCGAAGCUCAUGGUAUUUACUGACCUCAAGGGGGUGUUAGGGUAACUGUGUUAAAAGGCUGAGGUGCCAGAUGCCUUUUUUUAAAGUCCUGACUUAAGCUUACUUUUUUUAAAAAUUUUUGAAUGUUAUUCCUCUUUGAUGUUUGGUUGUGAUUCAUUAAAGGAUGAGUCUGUAGCUACUCUUAAUAGAAA